UUUUCAUUCAGUUUGUUAAAUAUUGCCUCGUGAAAGACAUAAACAUUGCGCAGUUAUUUUGGAAUACCUAAAAAUCGCGACUUGAUUCGAAAUUAAAAGUAUUCGAGAUAUCAUUAUUAACUUAUUUUGAGAGGAAGGUAAUGUUGACAUUUGAGUAAUCGACAAAAUGGGUGCCACAAAGAAAGUAGACAAAAAACUAGAAGAAAAUGAUUAUGAUCCACAUGAGCAUAGGAAUGUCAAAAUUCCUACAACAAAUACAGAAACCUUUAUUCACUUCUUAAAAGCGUCGAUCGGCACCGGAGUCUUGGCUAUGCCAAGUGCAUUUAGCAAUGCUGGAUACAUAAAUGGUUUGAUUUUAACAGCAAUUAUCGGAUCAAUCGCACUUUACUGCCUACAUCUUGUGAUUAAUUCAAUGUACGAAUUAUGCAAAAGGAAACGAAUACCAUAUUUAACUUAUCCUGAAGCUAUGACAGUAGCAUUUCAAGAAGGACCACCUGUCUUAAGGUGUUUUGCUAAAAUUGCAACGCCCUUUGUAGACGGUUUCCUCGCUUUUUAUCACUUUGGCAUCUGUUGUGUUUAUGUGGUUUUUAUAGCGGAAAGUAUUAAACAAAUCGUAGAUGAGUACCUUAUUGUCCUUGAUCUGCGGAUACAUAUGUGCUUUGUUCUGAUACCACUUUUCCUAAUAUUCAGCAUCAGGCAGCUGAAACACCUUGUACCAUUUUCAUCCUUUGCUAAUGUUUUGAUGUUUGUUGGCUUUGGUGUUGUCCUUUACUAUAUUUUCGUUCAAUUGCCACCAAUAUCGCAGAGAGAGGCAUUUACAAAAGUUACAAGGCUACCACUGUUCUUCGGAACUGUCCUAUUUUCUCUAGAAGCUGUUGGAGUGGUUAUAGCCAUUGAGCAAAAUAUGAAAACCCCAAAAGCUUAUACUGGGAAAUUUGGAAUUUUAAACCGUGGAAUGUUCAUUGUUUUGGGCUUGUACAUGGGUUUGGGAUUUUUUGGUUAUUGGAAGUAUGGUGAAGAGGCGAAAGGCAGUGUGACCCUAAAUAUACCACAGGAUGAAAUUCUUGCUCAAGUUAUCAAAAUAUUCUUCGCUGUUACAACACUAAUUUCAUAUGCACUUCAAGGAUAUGUGACAGCUGAUAUCAUUUGGAAUCAUUAUUUGAUAAAAAAGACAACAGAAAAGUCAAAUCUUGUUCUCUAUGAACUUCUCGUUAGAGCUGGAAUAGUUCUUCUUACAUUCUUAUGUGCUAUAGCUAUUCCAGAUCUAUCACUAUUUUUGUCACUGGUAGGUGCAUUUUGUUUAUCAAUUUUAGGACUUAUAUUCCCAGCAUUAUUGGAAUUAUGCUGCAGAUAUUCAACAAGUUAUGGCAAAUUUAAAUUCCAUUUAUUCAAAGAUAUAUUUCUUGUGGUAUUUGGAAUUUUCGGUGGUGUAAUUGGAACCUAUGUUAGUAUUUCAGAAAUAGUCGAAGCUUAUAAUUAGUUUUAUAAUUUAAGCUUAAUUUUAAAUGUAUUUGUAGAAAUAAUUGAAAAAAGCUAAUAAAAACAAAGUUGCUAAUUUAAACUUAA